CAUUUAUUAACACAAGAUUACAAAUUUUAUAUUUGUAAAUGUCUGACUUAACCGGAUAAACGGCGUCGAGUUUCGAAGAGCUUAAGAAACCCUAAAAAAAAUAUUAAGAUAAAAAAGAAAAGAAAAGAGAACAGGUUUGAAAAAUAAGAUCCCGUCUUCGGCUCCACUUUUCCGUCCCUACCAUAACUACGACUAGUAGUAGAAGUGGUAUUAGUUUUGUUUUGUUUUUCUAAUUCGCUCUUUCACACUCUCUCACUCACUUCGAAACUCUUCCUCCAAUUUGAUCUCUCCGUCGUAAUAAUUCCCAAUCUUUUAACUCCCCAACAAAAUUUGAGUAACAAUAAGAAUAAUACGCAGCAACAGCAGGAAUAAUGGACUCGAGAGAAGCUCAACAACAUCAGCAUCAGCAUCAGCAUCAACAACCACCACAUCCACAGCAGCAGCAGCAAUCAAACAUGAUACUCGGGGGCUACUCCAACAACGCUCAUCCUGCUAUGACUAUGAUUAAUCCCAACAUCCCUCCCUCUGGUUUCCCUUUCAAUUCGGUGGGCCCGCCCCGGACACAGCCAUCGAAACAGCCGUCUUCGGAUGGUGGCCUUUUCGAUGGAUCGUCGCCGCCUUCUUCGAGCGGGAUGAGGUUUAGCAUGGACCCUGCGAAAAAGAAGCGUGGAAGGCCCAGGAAGUACACUCCAGAUGGCAACAUUGCUUUGGGCUUGUCGCCUACUCCUAUCUCUUCUUCGGCGACAUCUUUGCCACCCCAUGUUGCGGAUUCUGGUUCUGGCGUUGGCGUUGGUAUUGGUACACCGGCUGUUGCCUCUGACCCUCCUUCUAAGCGUAAUAGAGGACGGCCUCCCGGUUCUGGCAAAAAGCAACUCGAUGCUUUAGGGGUUGGAGGAGUGGGGUUUACACCUCAUGUUAUUACAGUGAAAGCGGGGGAGGACAUAGCAUCAAAGAUCAUGGCCUUCUCACAACAAGGGCCACGGACAGUUUGUAUUCUUUCUGCAAAUGGUGCCAUUUGUAAUGUUACCCUUCGUCAACCAGCAAUGUCUGGUGGCACCGUCACAUAUGAGGGGCGUUAUGAAAUUAUUUCCCUCUCAGGUUCUUUCUUGCUUUCUGAAAAUAAUGGCAAUCGCAGCAGAUCUGGUGGUUUGAGUGUCUCAUUGGCAGGAUCAGAUGGUCGAGUUUUGGGUGGAGGGGUUGCUGGAAUGCUAAUGGCAGCAUCACCGGUACAGGUCAUUGUGGGCAGCUUUAUUGCAGAUGGGAAAAAAUCAAACUCAAAUAUACACAAAUCUGGGCCUUCUUCUGCACCUACGUCCCAAAUGUUGAAUUUUGGUGCACCAAUGACAACAUCUAGCCCUCCUUCUCAGGGGGUAUCUAGCGAGUCUUCUGAUGAGAACGGUAGCAGUCCUCUUAAUCGAGAUCCGCCAAUCUAUAGUAAUGCUACUCAACCCCUUCAUAAUAUGAAUAUGUAUCAUCAGCUAUGGGCUGCGCAAAAUCCACAUUGAAGAAGCUUCUGAAUGAACAGUAUGGAAUCUUUUGAGGCAUUGAAAAGGCGGUCGUUCUUGCAUAGCAGAUUGAGGUCAAAUCCUAAUGUUAACAUCCAUGUUUAAAUACGGGGCGUAGAUGAGUAUCUUUUUUAUUUUCUUUAACAUCCAAGUUCCUUGUCAAGUAGGCUUUGGUUUAUCUCUCAGUUUCUUAUCUAAUUUGGACAGAGCUGAUAGUGGUAGCUGCAUGUCACCCCUUUUUAAAGAUGUCUUAGUCCACUUUGCUGUUUAGGUAUACUGGUCUUACCUUCUGUGUUUCCAGUUGCUAGUUUCUGCAUUUGAUGUAACACUUGCUUAAAAAUAUAACGCAAAAGGCUUCAAUAGGUUUGGGUGGAAUUUUAGUACAAAUUGAUGUUUUGCUCUAGGGCUCAUUUGGUUCAUACUCUAGAAUCUAAAGAAAUCAUAAAGUUGAUUUCAUUUCCUUAUGAAUUUAUACAUUAUGAAGUACCUUUUUUAAUUAUAUAUAAUUUAUAAUCUAUUUAUUUA